UGAGAUUUCACAUUCUGCUGCAUCAAAUUUAAGAAUUUAAUAGCAAAUCACUUACGAUUUUUGCAGUUUCAAAUUCUACACAGAUACAACCUUACACAGCGAGUCGUAUCAAGUUGGCAAUGGUGUGCGACGGCCCCGAUCCUCCCGACAAUUCGCCGCAUGAACUCACGCCUCCAUCUCGACACGAUCUCAUGAUGAAUGGUAACAAUGCAGAAGAAAGCGAUGAAGAAAACGAAUAUUUCGGCUACGAACCGUUGCCACAGGGACCUGAAGCUAUGCAUUCGGACCACGAAAACAGUGACGACGAGACACAGAAUAUGGAUACCCAACAAGCACCUCCAAAUGAUGUCCCUGCCAUUGAGCCCAUGGGGAAUGUGCUGACCAGAGAAGUGUGGAGUGCGCCUCGCCCGGUUGACCCGAUUCAAAUGGACAAUGAGAGAGCACAACAGGUAAUGUCAGCAAUGGCCAACUUUGCUCUACCCCAGGCUUCCAUCCCCGACUGGGCCCAGAGUGUCACCGAGGACCAGUGGAAACAGACCCUGCAUGACAGAAUAGAGAGACUCCGGAGCAAUUGAUAAAGAUACGCAAUUUACUAUUUAGUUUUAGCUAUGCGGUAUGUAAAGGUAAUCAGUAGUGUCCUACCAAAAGUUAUUAAUAUUAUAAUAUUAUUAAUAUAAUAUAAAUAUAAUAAUUUUUAUGUCGAAACCGUAACUUCGGCCGGAAACUACCGAAAAUACAGUUUCGGCGCGGCCGAUAGAUUCGGCAGUUUUUUGGCCGAAACCGAACCUUCGGCUGAAACAUGAUAUUUAUGCCGAAACCGAAACGUCAGUCUCACUAUUGAUCAGGCAAAUGAAAAGUCUUGGCACUAUCUUGGGCCUUCCAUUCCCAACAGGCCUAGUAGUAAGCACAGGAGUGGCGGGAGCGCGACAGUAUCUUGCCCGCGAGAUAGACUAUCCGUCCCUCUUAAAUUAAUGCAGUGAGAAAAAGACCGGUAGUGUAUCUCGCGGGCGAUAUACUGUUGCGCCACUACAGUUGUCACAUGAGGAUGUUUCCCGUGCACAUUCCCUUACAGAAGCUUUUUUUUAAAUUAAAUAAAAGCAAGUCUUUGACCCUUCAGCUUCAGGCACAGAAUCAGUAGUAGUACAGACAAGAAACUUCCUACAAAACCGAAGUUUGACAGCGAUUCAGGGACGAACCAUGCUGUCCCUUUCUAAUGUAUGCCACUAUCCCUUUCGGCUAUUCAGGGUUGUCAAAAUUAAAAUCAUUAUCUUAUCUGUGGUCGUGCACACAAAGGGACGUCAAGUUGAGCCAACCCUAAUAAUUGCUCGGAGCAAAGCAAUGCUCGAAAAAGGCAUGGAAGACUAGCUUCAAACAAAAUAUCAGCCUAAAAGUGGCCCCAAAAUUAAAAUACGCAUACUCACCAGCGGACCAAUUACAAAGUCAGUUUAGGCAUGGGUUUUCUUUGACCAAGAUUAUGAUUGGUCAAUUUCACCGACCCGAAAUACUAUUGGUCUAUUAUAAAAUUAGUCGCUCUGAUUGGCCGUAACCAUGCCGUAACACUGUCACUUGAAAAUACAUGACAAUGAAAACUGUCUGUUAGUAGACGGUUUCAUGCAAUAUAGAACAUGUUUUAUAUGCAAUAAAAGAAAUGAAAAUUAUAUUAUCCUGGCUAAAUUAUACGUGAAAGGUAAUCCCAUAAUAUUUUCAGUGUUCGUUGGAACGGCUAGCACAUCAUUUAACCGCACAAUAAGGCAUAUCUUAUAGAAAUAAUCUAAAUACUUCUUACUACGACUGUGACAACGGGCCGCCAUUUGCGAACUAAAUAGCGCCGUGGCACAAAAUCUAUGGGGUAAUUUUGCAGCGCUAGUUCGUCAUCCAUGUUUAUUAUCAAUCGCUGGCCCGAAAGGAUCAGUUUCGCUGAGAAACGUAAUGUAUGUAAUAUUAAAUCGAUUCAUUCCCUGGUACUUGAGGGUCAUUAUAUGUCUAUAUAUUAUGAGGGUCUAAUAUAUGAAUUAGAUUAACUAUAAUAAAGUUUUUGAAAUAUGUAAGUAAGUAAUAAAAUAACUGAGUUUGUUUAUGCUCUCAUGUAUAAACUACUUUCAAUAUAUAACAGAGGCAACCUACUCAGAUUACCUAGAGGUAGAUAUGUGGUAUUUUCUAUAAAAAGGGACCUUAUUGUCGAUGGCGCUUACGCCUUUCUUAACGAUGCUCCGAUAUAAAUACAAUG